AUGGCCUUGGUCGUUGUCUGUAUCGCUUCAUUCGGAUUUCAGUACAACAAUCUGACUGGGGCUUGUCGCCUUUUGUUCCAGGAACUUCUUACUAAAACUAGUGCCACACCCGUUGCUUGGUGGAGGGUGAAUAUAGAGCGUGUUACUAGACGGUGGGAUGGUCGUAGCCGUUUGAAGCCAGUCGAUACGUUCUUGGUCAUUGGAAUUGGUGUGGGUUGUUAUAUUUGGUCGGGAUCUGAUGACAGCAGCCAUAGAUUGGCAUCCUGUUGGACAGUUACCUCAUCUACACGGAAUGUUAACCUUAAAGCCAAUACUCGUCCAGGUGCGGUUGCUACGCUUCUACUGCCAGGGUGGCAUGUAGGAUUAUCAGGUUCUGUAUUGAAGAUGGUUUAUCGGAAUUUACUUUUUGGGUCAGGAUGUGCUUCCACCUUCUCGUGGUCUGGCCUGUUAACCAGCUAUUUUAUGCUGGGAACUAGGAGAAGCACUUAUUAG